AUGCCUAGCAAACACUUCACCACACACGACACCCCCGAAUGGCACCACCUCAAAAACCGCAUCAACACAGACCUCAUAACCUCAACCCCCACCCUCCACCCCUCCGACAUUCCCACGGAUCUCCUCCAAAAAUCCACGCAAACAAUCCUCUCCCUCCUACUCCUCUACUACGGCGAACUCCGCAGCGAAUUCCAAAUGGCCAAGAACGCCCUCCUGCACAUCCCCGACGUUAUAAAACGCUGGGAGACGAUGCCGCAGGUGUGGGAGAGGACUCCACUGCCGGAGAUGAGUGAGGAGGAGGCGAGGGAGUUUGUGGUGGCGGGGAUUAGGGAGAUUAUUGAGUGUAAGAGGGAUAUGGUGAGGGUGGUGGAGAGGAUCGAGGAGUGGAGGAGACGGUGGGGGAGGAUUGAUGUGGUGAUGGAUAGGGGGUGGGAGGAGAAGGCGGGGAGGUUGAUGAGGGAGUGGGAGAGGGGGUUUUCGGGGUAG